CCAGGUUUAAACACACGUUUUUAACACGUUUUUUUAGCAUACAAGUAGCCUAGUUAGAUAGCAUCAGUAUUCACGGAGUUAACUAAGGGAGAAACGAAAAUAUUGUGGUGCCUCAUUUUACCGUGAGUGAAAACGGUGAGAUGGCUGACCAUUAAACAAAAAAAACAAACAAUGCAGAGAUCAGUGAGAAAGAGACGGCUUGGUCCUCAACAGGAUGCUGAACAGCACAUUAAGUUGAGGACUGACAAGGCUGAUCUCGAAGAGCAUUUUAUCGACCAGUUUAAAGGUCGAGGUGUGUUUGCUGCUAAAGUUUUCACAAAAGGAGAGUUUGUGCUUGAGUACCGGGGCAAACUUUACAACCAGGAUGAUGUCAACACCAAAAACUACAGUGACACAGAAGCAACGUUCCCGUUUGAUCUGAAAUGGGAUGCGAAAUGUUUGUGUCUGGAUGUAUCGGUUGAAGACAAGUCACUGGGUAGGCUUGUAAACGAUGACCACAAAACGCCCAACUGCAAGAUGAGAACCAUUGUCCUUGAUGGGAUGCCACAUCUCUGCCUGUUUGCCCUUAGAGACAUCGCCCCAGAGGAAGAAAUAUCCUACAAUUAUGGGGAUGCAGACUGGCCUUGGCGCAAACAGUUGCAGUUGACGACUGAGCAGUAUUAUCCAGAGGCAGUUGAGGAGGAGAGCUUCCCCCAAAACAUCCACAACAGACCGUUCUUCUACCGAGUUCCAGGUGACGAAUGAGCAGUAUUAUCCAGAGGCAGUUGAGGAGGAGAGCUUCCCCUUAGAGUUGACUUCCCUCAAAGAGUUGUCUUCCCUCAAAACAUCCACAACAGACCGUUCUUCUACCAAGUUCCAGGUGACGAAUGAGCAGUAUUAUCCAGAGGCAGUUGAGGAGGAGAGCUUCCCCUUAGAGUUGACUUCCCUCAAAGAGUUGUCUUCCCUCAAAACAUCCACAACAGACCGUUCUUCUACCAAGCUUUUUACUGUCAGAGGGUACUCUCUAGUGGAUUAUCCUGACACUGAUGAAGAGGAUGAAGAUUUUAUUCCAAACUGUGAUGAACGCAAUCCGAAGCUCAGGAUAACAGAAGGUGUUCUGAUGGAUAGAGUUUCAGAUUUUUCGAGUGAUCAAGAUUCGGAGUGCCCUUCGACCUCAAAGUCUGAAAGAGCUCCCCUCAGGCAGAGAAGAGCCUGUUGCCGUCCAAUUGUUCAAGAAAAAUGAGAGGGUAACCAGCCAACUUCAACACAUCCGACAAAAACUGAGGGAGCUGGGUCGACUGUUGCUGGCAGCUAAAGAAGUUACGACCGUGAAGAAGACAAUCAAAGAACUUAUUAAGCCUGACAGGUAUGUCGAUGUUGUAAAUGCUGCAAGAUGCCUCGCUGGUUUUAGUGAUGACACUGGCAAAUAUCAAUGUCCAUCUCUUGCCCGCAAAGUUGGGCACAGCUUGCUUUCAUUGGCCAUGUUCCUCAAGUCUGAAGGGAUGAAGUCCAACGAUAAAGAAACUGCCAAAGAUGCUGAGGAAUUUGCGCAGCUAUACAGAGAAAGUUGGAAAUUUGACAUUGCAAGCCAAGCGCUAACUCAACUUGAACAGCCCAAGUGGAACUCUCCUCAACUCCUUCCAUUCACAAAAGACGUCCAACAUCUUCAUUCUCAUUUAUCUGAGAAACAGCUUGAAUGCGUGAAGGACCUAAAAGAAGAGGUAUCGCCGUCUAACUGGAAAGACUUGGCCAAAGUCACCCUGGCUCAAGUGAUCCUCUUCAACCGCCGGAGAGAAGGAGAAGUAUCCAGAAUGGCUGUUUCAGCGUAUUUAUCCAGAGACUUAUCGGAAACGCAUGAGGAUGUAAACUUGGCACUAACCACACUAGAGCAGAAGCUUUGCAACCAUUUUGUCCGGAUAACCAUAGUUGGAAAGAGAGGAAGAAAAGUUCCAGUACUCCUCACCCCGCUGAUGAGGGAAUCACUUGACACUCUGAUUCAAAAGCGAGAAGAAUGUGGGGUACUCAAAGAAAACGUCUUCUUGUUUGCGUUGCCAAAUUCUGUCCAUCACCUCAGGGGUUCUGAUUGCUUGAGGCAGUUUGUGCGUGAAUGUAAAGAUAUCAAGAAUCCAAAAGCGCUGACCUCAACGAAACUCAGGAAACACAUUGCUACUCUUUCAACCGUUCUGAAUCUCAAGACAACAGAACUUGACCAGUUAGCAGAUUUCCUUGGGCAUAACAUCGAAGUCCACCGAAAGCACUACCGCCUUCCAGAAGGAACCCUCCAGCUUGCUAAAAUAAGCAAGGUUCUGCUGGCAUUGGAACAGGGACGAAUAGGCGAAUACAAAGGGAUGAAUCUGGAUGAGAUCCACAUUGAUGUGAACGAAACUGUUGACAUGGAUGGCUGUUCCCAAGAGGACAUGGAAGAUGCCAGUAUGCAGGAAGCUGAAGAGUCUGAAGGUGAGGCCAGCAUGUCAUCCCUUCAAGAUAGUACAAGAAAGGUCCUGACGAAACACCAGAAGUCGGCUAAAAAAAGAGAUGCCGUAAUACAAGACACUGAAGAGUCUGAAGGUGAGGCCAGCAUGUCAUCCCUUCAAGAUAGUACAAGAAAGGUCCUGACGAAACACCAGAAGUCGGCUAAAAAAAGAGAUGCCGUAAUACAAGACACUGAAGAGUCUGAAGGUGAGGCCAGCAUGUCAUCCCUUCCAGAUAGUACAAGAAAGGUCCUGACGAAACACCAGAAGUCAGCUAAAAAGAGAGGGAAAUAAAUGGUUGUGAAGCGCAUCUGGACAUCUGAGGAAAUUGCUGCUGUGGAACGACACUUGAGAAGAUGGAUAUUUAUGAAUCAGGUUCCAGGAAAAGAGGCCUGUGAGGAUUGCAUCUCUGCUGAACGACAAGCCCUAUCAAAUAGGGACUGGAGAGGUGUUAAGUAUUACAUCAAAAAUAGAAUAUCUGCUCUCCGAAGGAAAUUGGUAUGAAACCAUUUGAAAAUACUUUCAAUGUUAGGCUGAUGUUAGGCCUUUUUUUAUUGUCUUUGGAUAUGUUCUGAAGUUGUAUGUUUUGUUUAAACAAUAUAGAAAAACAUAAGGAAAUUGGUAUAAAACCAUUGGAAACUACUUUCAAUGUUAGGCUGAUGUUAGGCCUUUUUUUUGUCUUUGGAUAUGUUCUGAAGUUGUAUGUUUUGUUUAAACAAUACAGAAAAACAUAAAAAUUGAAAGUAUUUUCCAAUGGUUUUAUACCAAUUUCCUUAUGUUUUUCUGUAUUGUUUAAACAAAAUGUACAACUGCAGAACAUAUCCGAAGACUACAAAAAAAGGCCUAACAUUGAAAGUAUUUGCCAAUGGUUUUACACCAAUGUUAGGCUGAUCUUAGGCCCUUUUUUUUUUGGCUUCGGAUAUGUUCUGAAGUUGUACAUUUUGUUUAAACAAUACAGAAAAACAUAAGGAAAUUGGUAUAAAACUAUUUGAAAAUACUUUCAAUGUUAGGCUGAUGUUAGCCCUUUUUUCUGUCUUUGGAUAUGUUCUGAAGUUGUACAUUUACAAUACAGAAAAACAAGGAAAUUGGUAUAAAACCAUUGGAAACUACUUUCAAUGUUAGGCUGAUGUUAGGCCUUUUUUUUGUUUUGAGUCUUCGGAUAUUUUCUGAACUUGUACAUUUUGUUAAAACAAUACAGAAAAACAUAAUAAUUUUGAAAUAAAUGUUUAUUGCAUUAAAAGAAUGUUGAAGAGAGUUUAUAUUAAUUAUUAUUAUUAUUAAUAAUUAGUGUUGGGUAUGUUUCCUAUCUACUACUUCUCCCAUGCACAAAUCCGAAACAAAUAAAAAAAUCUAUUAAUAUGCAACAAAUAUAUUCCAUUUCAGAGCAGAAGAAAUAGCCUUCAAGGGUCCAACUCUGCACAUACAUCAUUCAGCAGGGCACAGUGAAGCUCAAACAUUCAACUGUAUGAACAAGCAAUACUUUGAAAUGCAAAAGUGU